AUCUCGCGCAGUUCAGUGAGUUCAGUAUAAACACAAAUCAAAGAAUCAGCUUCGGUCUCCAUGAGACUUUGGAGAGCGGUUGUCGGUUUUUUUUCUCGGUCCUCCGCAGUCUCCCCGCGGUCUCCGCCCCCCAGUCUGCCUGAAUGGGAACACCCAGAGCGGGAUCCCCGGCGUUCCUGGCAUCCAUCCCAAACACAGCACCGCCGGACAAAACAACGUCCUGCUGAAGCGUGUUUCAUUGAGAAAAGCGGCGUAUUGCAGAUAACAUAUUUGACUGCAAUGUUACACCUGCCGCAGGAUGUUGUCUCUAGAUCUGGAAACUGAUACUACUGCGGAGGACACAGCGCCAAGCACCCCAGAUGGUGGCGCGGAGACACCGGCCAGUCUCGAUGUGCUGGAAGAGCAAUGGCCAAUAAAGCAGUCCCUAAGUGCCUCUAUGUGCCGUGAGACGCAUUGGCGAUGCCUCCUCCUUUCGCUGCUCAUGUACAGCUGUCUGGGUGCCGUGACCUGGUGUCAGCUCACCCAGGUCACCAAGCUGAGCUUCGAUUCUUCCAGUACUUCCCUCACAGCCUCAAUGAACUCUCUCAGAGGAGGAGGACGCGCCAUGAUAUACCACGACAGCCCUUGCUCUGACGGUUAUGUAUACAUCCCCUUGGCCUUCCUGCUCAUGCUCUACGCCGUUUACCUCAUGGAGUGCUGGCACUGUCGCGCCCGCAGCGAGUUACAGUGCAAGGCCAAUGUAGAGAGUGUGUAUGACAGGGUUCUGCGCAUGCGUCAAGCCCGACCGUGCGUAUGGUGGAAAGCCAUCAGUUACCAUUUCGUACGCAGGACUCGACAAGUAACGCGUUACCGGAAUGGAGAUGCCUACACGACCACGCAGGUUUAUCACGAGCGUGUUAACACACAUGUGGCCGAGGGCGAGUUUGACUACAGUCGCUGCGGAAUGAGAGACGUCUCGCGCAACUUGCGCGGACUGGAGGGUCACGCGGCGACACGGUUGCAUUUCUCCAAGUGCUUCAGCUUUACAGGAGCAGGACCUGAAAAUGCUUACCUCAAUCAACGAGCCAGGUUCUUCUCGGAAAUCGAGGGACUGGAUGACUACAUGGAAGCCCGUGAAGGCAUGCUGCUGAAGAACGUCGACUUUAAAGAGCACCUCAUCGCUUACGUGGAUCCCGACCAAAUGCCAUGGUACACCUCGCGGGUCACCUUCUGGUUGGCGGCUCUCCUCAUGCUCUCCUGGCCACUGCGAGUUCUGAUCGAGUACCGCACGGCGUUUGUGCACUACCAAGUCGAGAAACUCUUCGGACUAGAGUAUAGCAACAACAGCCCAUCUCCAGACGCCGACGCCACCUCGAGAAACACUCGCUACGGCCUUCCGAGAGCAGAAACCGUUGACAGUACGGAGCUGGAAUGGCACAUUCGCUCAAACCGCCAGCUUAUACCAAGCUACUCAGAGGCCAUGCUGAUGAACCUGGGGACUUCUGGGUCAAACCACAGAGACAGCAUUUCCUCCAACCACUUGCUGUUGGACAGCUGCUCGGCGCAGAGCUACGGGACACUGGUGCAGAACUGUGAGCACUGUUGCCAACAUGAAGGCGGGCGAAGACGGCCGACUAUCAGCUCUAGCUGUUCUUCCAUCUUCUCCCGCCACACCUUCCACUCCCGUUUGUCCCUGGACACCUCGCACUUCUCACUGUGCCGUAUGUAUGGCUCCAGGCGCACCGUGGGACUGUGGAGGAGCCGCAGUAGUACACUUACAGAGCGCUGCUGCCCCGAUGAACAGUGCUGCAGGUCUUACACCAGUCAGCUUGCGCUUAAUGACAGCCCGCCAAACUACCAAGACGCCCGCUUUUUCCCAGUCCUCAUUGUACAUCGGCCUGAGGGCUGUGGGGACUCCUCUGAGGUGAGGAGAUAUUAUGUUCGGAGAGGCUCCUGUUGUGUGGAGACUUCGGUUUAAAGUGGCUUGACGUGGUCAAGCUGACUAAUUCAGCGAUAGAACAUUAUUAUUUGCACUAUGCAGAAAGUGAACUUGAUGGCUGUUGCUUGAUGCCGAACUGAUGAAGUGUAUUCUCAUGAACUUUGUCUUGCUCUAACAGCUAACAUGUGCAAAAUUAGAAAUGUGGCUUAUUCAGUGCAGCACUGAAGACUUUUAUGUUUACAUUUUGAUUUCAAUUAAAGGGCUGGAUUGGAAUUAUCAAUAAAUAGAACCAGCUUUUCAUACUAUUUAUGAACAGCUGGCUGACAGAUAUGCCAGCUUUAAUAAAUUCAUAUAAAAAAGAAAAUCUUUCAACACAUUUCACAUAUAUUUUACGUCAAAAACAUGCAUUGCUUUUAAUAAAUGUUUGUGGUCACUGAAGGAAAGAGUUAUAACUGCUGACUUGCUCUAAGAGAGAAAGAGAGAAAAUAAAAAAUAAUAAUAGCUGCCAUUUUGCCUUUGUUACUAAUCUGAAAUGUUUUUUAAAGAAAAAUAAUUAUAUAAGUUAUAUAUAAACAUAAGUUUUAUUUAUGAACACACACACAUUAUAUAUAUACACACACACAC